AUUCGUGCCAGGACAGGGCUUGGUGUUGUACCCUCAGAUAGGGGAUAAGUUGGACAUUGUCUGCCCACGUGUGGACGGAGUAGCCGAUGGGGUGGAGUAUUACAAGAUCCACAUGGUUCCCAGGGAGCAGCUGGAGAGCUGCACCAUCACCAAGGCUGACACGCCACUGCUCAACUGUGUGAAGCCUGACCAGGACGUCAAGUUCACCCUGAAGUUUCAGGAGUUCAGCCCCAACCUGUGGGGCCUGGAGUUCUUCAGAGGACAAGACUACUACAUCAUCU